AUGGGCCAGAAACGCUCCAGAGAACAAGACGGCCUGUCCGGCGGCCCUGACAAGGCUGCCGACAAGAUGGACGAGGACGGCAGCGAUGAAUCCGAUUUCGACAUGGUCGACGUUGAUUUUGAAUGGUUCAACUUCGACCCCGAAAUUGACUUCCACGGUGUCAAGUCACUGCUGCGCCAACUCUUUGACGUCGACGCCAACCUCUUCACCAUGUCAUUUCUCGCCGACCUCGUCCUGUCGCAACCGACAAUCGGGUCAACUGUCAAGAUCGACGGCAAAAACACCGACGCAUACGCCAUGCUCUCUAUUCUGAAUACCGCAGUGCACAAGGACGCCGAAACCUUCAAAGAAGUUCUGCAAUACUUGGUCCAAAAAGCUGGCACCAAUGCGGCCCUGGCUCCCGUCGCGGAGCUGAUCAAUGCCAACAAGCACAUUGGCCUCAUCUUCUCCGAGCGCUUCAUCAACAUGCCCUCCGAUAUUGCCCCGCCGAUGUACUCGAUGCUGAUCGACGAGAUUGAGGCCGCUGUCGAGGACAAGGAGCCCUACGAGUUCUCGCACUACCUCAUUCUGAGCCGCACUUAUACCGAAGUCGAGUCGACGCUCGACGUUGAGGACCGGAAAAAGAAGAAAGCCAAGGAAGAGGCUUCCACCUUCUAUUUCCACCCCGAAGACGAAGUGCUACAAAAACAUGCGACUGCUUUUGGUGGAUUCGCCUACACCAAAGAGGGCGAUGCGGUUGCUGACAGCAAGCGGGCGUUCCAAGAGAUGGGCAUCAAGGCCCAAGGACACAUGAUUCUUAUUGAAGCACCCAAAUUUCAGGAAGCUAUCAAGGCAGUCAAAGAAUAUAUCAACCCCGACCAAUAG